AUUGACAGUAACUCCCUCUUGUAUAUGGUGUUGACACCAUUAUUAUCCCAAAAAAAAACUAUCAACAACAACAUUGAAUUCUUCGCAGUUGUUUAUAUCAUUCGAAAUUAAUUAUAAUUUUUUUAAAUACGCAUGUUGUUUUAGAAGCCGAUUCUAUAUAUCAUCAUCAUCUUGAUCAUCAAGAAUCGAUCCUAAUUCGUGUUUUAUUUGUUUUCCAUCGUUAUCAUCUAAAAACAAUUUUUUUUUUUUUUCGUCCGCAUCCAUUGAUAAAUGAAUGAAUGAAUGAAUAUUCUUUUUAUCAACUCUGAAACUCUGUGCUGUCCACACUGUUUUCUUAUCAUCUAUAAGAUUUAUAUUGUUUAAUUUUAUUCUACUUUUAUCAUCAUCAUCAUCAUCAUCAUGUCAUCAAGUAAUCAACCAACAACCAUUAUCAUUUCAUUAAUGUCAAAAUUUCGUGGCUGUAUGCUUGGCGGUUUAAUUGCAGAUUGUCUUGGAUCACCAUUUGAAGGUGAAAUGUUUGUAACAACGGAUUCGGUACAAAAAUUUCUUCAUAAACAAUUGGAAGAACAAUCAGAAAAAUCUGCCGGAUUUCAGAUAUUAUCAUAUACUGAUGAUACAGCCAUGACCAAAUCGAUAGCUCAAUCAUUAAUUGAAAUGAGAAAAUUUGAUCCAAAAGAUAUUGCCAAACGUUUUGCAUUGGAAUAUAAUAAAGAACCUAAACGUGGUUAUGGUGCAAACGUUGUCGAUGUAUUUGCUGCAUUAAUGUUGGCCAACUAUGAAUCACCAUAUGAACCGGCUAAAAGACAAUUUGGUGGUUUCGGUUCCUAUGGCAAUGGUGCUGCAAUGCGUGUUGGUCCAUGUGCAAUGUAUGGCUAUAAUAUGGAAUUGAAUAAAUUAUUGGAAUUAACACGUGAUAGUGCACGAAUAACACAUUCAAAUGUAUAUGGCUAUAAUGGUGCCAUAUUACAAUGUUUAGCUAUACAUCAAGCAUUACAUGUUCAUUCAAUCAUACGAACAUUAUUCGAUAUAAAUGUCUAUCUAAAUAAUCUAAUUGAAAAAAUGAUGAAAAUUGAAUUGGAUUCACAACCUGCAUAUUCAAUGAUGAAUAAUAAUACAACAACAACGGCAAAUAUCAAUAAUAAUAAUAACAGUAAUAAUGGUAACAGUAAUAAUCAUACAAAUAUUAUUAUCAAUAAUCAUAAUCAGGAAAAGAAAAUCUAUACACCAUUCAGUGAUAAAUUGAAAAAAGUUAAAGAAAUUCUUAAUAAUGAAAUUAAAGGAAAUAAAUAUCCAAUCGAUAAAAUUGUCGCUUGCCUUGGUAAUGAUGUUUCGGCAUUCAAAUCGGUACCGACGGCCAUUUAUGCUGCCCUUAAAGGACAAUUCAUAUUAUUCGAUUCAUUCGAUCAUCCAUCACCAAUUGUUCGUACAUUAUAUCAUUCAAUAUCAUUCGGUGGUGAUACCGAUACAAUUGGUUCAAUGGCAUGUUCCAUAUCCGGUGCCAUCAAUGGUAUCGAAUCUGUGCCGAAAAUUCUAUUAAAACAUUGUGAAUGUUGUGAUGUAAUGGAAAAAUAUGCCGAUGAUCUAUUCCGUUUGGUACGUUCAAAUAAUUCACCACCAUCAUCAUCAACAUUAUCAUCAUCCACAAAUUGAUGAUGAUAAUAUUUUUCACAACAACAAAAAAAAUCAUUCAUUUUAACAAUCAUAUAUAUACAACACAAUAAACAAUGCAAAAAUUAUUAUUAUUUGAAUGCAAAUUGCAAACUAACACGAAUACAACACGAAAUAAUGAUGAUUCGACAUUUUAAUUAUCAUUGUUCACCAUAUAUACCGACUUACACAUACACACACUGACAAUAACACGUUUGAAUCAAUUGAAUUGUUUUCAAUCGAUGUGAUUCUUUAAAUAUAUGAUAAUUACAAUAAAAAAAAACUACUCCAUGGAUCAAUGGAAUUUUAAAUCGAAUCAAAAAAAUUGAAAUUUCUAAUUGAA